GAAUUGAUGAACAUUAUAUAACAAUAUUUUAACUAUGGAGAAAUUAAGAUUUGAUUUUUCGGUAAAACCGACAGAUGAGGGAAAAUCAAAUGUUAUAUGCAUAACAUCAAUAGCUACACCUGAUGGAAAAAUUUUUGGAGUGCCACCAGAAUUUCAACCAGCAAACCUACACAAGGAAAUUACAACCACCUCAAAUUACAUCCAGGUACGAAAAACAUUAACAAAAAGAUACCAAACAAGGAAAAUUUGGAUAACUUUGACGGAUGAUAUGUCAAAAAUUUAUUUAGAUAAGGAACAAAACUUACAGUUUAAAGAUAAUUAUCUUGAGGAAAUAGCAGAAACUUUAGAAAAAAGUGGGUCUAAUCAAACUUUAAAUAAACUCUUAGAAAAAUUACUUGAAAACAAAUCUGAAACUCAAAAUUUAGGGGCAAUUGCUAAAGAAUUCAUAUUAGAGAAAUUCAAUGGAAAAAACUCAAAUGCAAACCAGUGGAUUGAGAGUUUUAAUAAGGAAUGUAAACGUUUUCAAAUAAAUGAGGACAAAAAGAAGAUUGAGAUUUUAAAACAAUUUUUAGAAGGCUCUGGAACAGAGUGGUACAGCUGCAUGCUGAUAAAAUUUACAGUGGAUUCAGAGUGGGACACAUGGGAAAAAAAAUUUUGUACUACAUUUACCAACAAAGGAUGGUCACCCAUUAGAUAUGCCCUCGCUUUUAAAUAUCAAGCAGGAUCAUUGCUUGAUUACGCUUUAAAAAAAGAGAAACUGUUACUAGAAGUAAGAAAAUCAAUCGAUACUGGCACACUUAUAGAUCUUAUAGCAUUUGGUUUACCAAAUUAUAUGGCUGACAAAAUUGACAGAGAAAAUUUGACAGGUACAGAAGAUCUUUACAAUGAAAUAGGAAAACUGGAACAUUUUGCAGAAAAAAAUAAGUAUGAAAAAAGAAACAUAUUUUCUGACACCAAAUUUAAACAGAUUGAAGAGAAAAAACCUUGCCGAAUCUGUAUUAAUGAAAAAAAGGGGAAACGUUAUCAUCUGGAGGAAAAUUGCUGGUUUAAAGAAAAAAACAAGAAAACAUUUGUAAAAACUGUUAAUAACUCUGAACUGGAAAUUGAACUAAAUGAAAAAAAUCCAAAAAACUAGAAGCACCGCCAUUAAUAAAAGUCAAGUUGCUAAUAAAUAAUACUUUAAAUAUCUCUGGAAUUUAUGAUUCAGGUUCAAAUGUUUCAUUAAUUAAUGCAAAACUACUUAAAAUACAGCCAAAAUCAUAUACAAAUAAUAAACAAAUAGUCAACUUGAAAACUAUUAAUGGUGAAAAGAAAACAAAAGGUAUGGUAACACUUAAAAUAAAAAUUUACAAUUUAGAAAAAAUUAUGGAUGUAUUUAUAAUAGAUAAUGAAAAUUUUAACUAUGAUUUUCUAAUUGGUCUAGAUUGUAUUAAAAAUUUCAAAUUAAUGCAAAAUGAAAAAUUAGAAAUAAUACAAUGUAAUGAUCAAGAAAAAAAAAA